AUGCAACGGGCUGGUAGACUACUGGCAUUCAGCACUACGACCUUUGACGCGAAGCAGUCGUCCAGUAUCGCGUCCGCGGCUUCCACUAGUGGCACGGGCCGGAACCAUUCGGCGACCAACUACCACUCAAGGUUCGAAAAGCCAGCCAGGGAAGAACACGAGGGUGCUGUUUCCGAGAUGACGGACGAUGACAAGUCGUCGGAGUGGGAAGACUUCGAAGACUUCCGGGAGGCACCAUCGAGCGCGGUUUGCGGGACGUUCGAACGCGUCGAGUGUACAGCAGUGCGGAUCUCGAACAUCUCCCUACUGACCGAACAAGUGAAGAAAUCGGCCGGGGCGAGGACAUCUCCGAAAGCGGCAAUCUACUCGACAACCGGUACAGAUCAAGCAAAUGCGAGCAUCUCGAAACCACCCGGGGUCGUUCCGCGUGGACCUAUCACUCGACGAGACACUCCACGUCGAAACGUUGAACUAGGCCAAGCGGCCGUUUCUUCCAGCUCCCAGAUGCAUGCGUUGAUACAUCCGCCUUUGGGAGAACCCAUAUAUCACGUCAGUCCGCUUAGGCUCAAUGGACACCGGGAAGCCGGCCUUGUAAGGAGGGCGAAGAAGGCUGCAAUAGCACGAGGACCUGGCUUCCUGUCUCAAGAUUGCGAGUGGGCGACUCGAUAUGGCAACGACUUCUUCAAGGACGACGUACACGAGUACCAUACGAAAGGCUGGUGA